AUGAAUAAGAUACAGCAACAACAAACAGCACCACUUCAAAAUCCGGAAAAUUCUCCGGAAGAUUUUGCUGACUUUUUGAGCAGAAGGGAGCAAGGAUUCAUUUUAUACGUAAAUGGGGCUAACGCCAAAUUAAAUCUUGGCCGUCCUAAUCCUUAUAAUCCGGAUCAUCAUCAUCAUCACUUUGGCCGUCCCAACAGCGAUCAUCAUCAUAACUAUGCUUGCAUAAAUCAGAGUAAAAGCCCGAUUAGGGCUAAAUCGGCUCAGGCGGGCCCCAGAAGGAAACAAUGGGAGCUAAUGUCCAUCGAAAUAAAAACGCAUCAAGGAGAAAAAGUUAAAUAUAGACCACCAGCCUUCUUAUCCGGAAGAUAUGAUGACGAUUUUCACGAUGAUGAUGAAGACGACGACGAUGAUGACGUCAUAAAAGAGGAUAUAAUAAUAUACGAAGAUGAUGACGAUGACGAAGAUGAUCCAACAGUAAACGAGAAGUCGUUAAAAAAUAAAGCUGAUAACAACGAUGAUGAUGAGGAGGAGGAUGAUGAUGGCAGUCUCAGUGAUGACACAAGCAGGGAUAUCCUUGCUUUCGAACUAGGUUACAUCAGCACUGAACCAAACAAGAGCUCUAACCAUUAG